AUGUUGAGGCAAAGACACCUCAAAGAGUUGUUAAGCGACAAGGAGAAAACCAACUUCGCCAAAGGACGUGAACACCAAGGUCCACCGAAACCACCAUCACCAGCUCGUACUAUCAACAUGAUUAUCGGCGGUGACGACGACACCUCCAUCAACGGCGUGAAGUCCACCACCACUCACAAGCUCAAGCGGUCUAUCAUCCGCGAACGACACGAUAGACUCAAAGAAAAUAUCAUCUUCGACAAGUCGGAUGCCGACAAUUUGACUUUUCCUCAUAAUGAUGCCAUCGUUAUUACUUUACGCAUUCUAGAUACUGAUUUAAAAUGCAUCAUGGUGGACGAUGGAAGUGGAGCAUGCAUUAUCCAUCCCCGAGUCCUCAUCCAAAUGAUACUCGAGGAUAAGAUAGUGUCGCGUUGCAUCAUGCUAACCAGCUUUAAUAAUGCAGUUGAACGGAUGUCCGGAGAAAUUACACUCCCCGUCUUGACUGGCGGCGUGACUUUGGAGACGAGAUCCCACAUUAUGGACCAGGCCACCGCGUAUAAUGCCCUUGUGGGAUGA